AUUUACAGCCAGAGAGGCCGAGGCACCCAAUCUGAUCGACAGGAGCUUCAGCCAAUAACCAGACAGUACAGUGUGACGGCGGACGGGAGCCUACAAAAUGGCGGAGGAAGGAGAGGAGGGGGAUCUGGGCUCAGAGCUGGAGAUCCUUCGCUCCAUCUACCUGGAUGAGCUGAAGAUUUCACACGAUUCAAACAGGCAGCACCCUUGGGAACUCAGUAUCACCCUGCACCCGGCCACAGCCGACGUCACCGAGUCCCAGUACGUCUGCCUCAACCUCGGCCUCUCCUUAACUGCCCAGUAUCCUGACAUAGCGCCAUCGAUCUCAAUCUGGAAUCCUCGAGGCUUGUCAGAUGACCGGAUCCUGAGCAUCCGGCGAGAAUUGGAGGAGGAGGCAGAGGCGGGAAGAGGAGGGCAGAUGCUCUACCAGUUGAUCGAGAAGGGGAAGGAGAUCCUCACUAACAACAAUGUGCCCUUUGGUCAUUGUGUCAUCUGCCUGAACUGUUUUCAGGAGAGCGACGACUUCACCAGGACCAGCUGCUACCACCACUUCCAUUCGUACUGCCUGGCCUCUUAUAUUCAGCACGUGCAGGCGGAGCUCAGGAUGCAGGAGUCUCCCCUGCCCUCCUCUAAACCCCCCAACACACAAACAGUGGGUGUUCUCUGCCCUGUAUGCCGGGAACCUCUGACCUACGACCUGGGCCUGCUGUCAUCGGCUGCUGAUCCCAGCCACCCGCUGGAACCCUACCAGCCAGAUGAGACGUGGGUGAAGAGGUGGCAGGAGCUUCAGAGGAUUUACCACCGACAGAAGGAGCGUGGGGGCAUCAUAGACCCCCAGGCUGACCGUGAUCGCUUCCUCGUUAGCCUGACCAGACCCUUGGACGUCGUGGCCCGUGAGGUGGAGCGGAAAGAGACCACAGAGACGCCCUCCCCUGCUGGCCCUCCUCCUCAGCAGAUGGACCCUCGGGCUCCACACCACCAUGGCUCCCGCCCCUUCCGCCGCCCACGCCCCACCAGGAGGGGCCAUCAUGGGACAAGGGCUCCUUCUGAGACCCAAAGUGUCAGGCAGGAGAAUGAGGAGGAGGUGGAGACAUCGGCUGAGGCCUCACACACAUGGCGGCUCACCAAGACCCAGCAGGAGACUGAGAUAGAGAAGAAUCUGCCCCGAGGCCCUUGUCCCAGGAUGGAAGGGGAUGCCCAUCCCAGGGUUGGCAGGGGCCAGAUUGGCUGGGGGCGGGGAUGGGGUAGGGGAAGGGGAAGGGGAAGGGGAAGGGGGCGUGGCUGGCGUGGUUGGCCUGGCAAGGGGUCCUCCACACCGCGGGAUCCUGCUGACCCGCAGCCUGGAGAGGCUCCCAGGGAGGGUCACUGAAGGGACUGUGCUGAUUCUAACAGGUCCUAUGGAUGAUCAGUGCUAGGUCUAAUACAAUCUAUGUUGAUCUGUUGGGUUCCAGGUAGGAUAGGUGAUGGGUCUGGUCUGGUCUGGUCUGGUCCAUGCUGAUCUGGGUCAGGGCCUGGGGAGGUUCAGUGAUGGGUCCAGUAUAUUCUUAUCUGGUGUGGGUCCUGAAGAGUUUGUGAUCGGCCUAUGCUGAUCUGAUCGGGUUUAGGGGAAGGUCAGUGAUGGGUCCGGUCUAUGCCGAUCUGGUCUGGGUCCCAGGACAGGUUGGUGACGAGCCCAUUGUGAUUCAGUCUGGGAUCUGGGGGUGAGCACCAUGUGUGGUCCACCCAGAUAAUAAGUUAAAGUUCAAGUUUAUUGUCAUCUGACUGUACAUAUGCGCAAUCAAACAAAACAGUAUUCCUCCAGACCACGGUGCACUCGCAGUAUAUUCACACACAGCACAUUAAACAAAAUGUUCCCACAAAUAAGUGAAUAAAAUAUAUUUCAAAAUGCAUGUUACGUGUGCAGCACAGGUAAUUAGUUAACAGUAUUGCCGUCCUUCUGUCAGGACCUCAGUGGUGGCAAGUUAUAUAUGAGACUCACAGAAGCUGUUGUCCAGUCUAGCAGUCCUAGUCCUGAUGCUCCUAUACUUCCUUACUGAUGGUAGUGGGUCAAAGAGAUUGUGGGUUAUGUGGCAGAGAUCCUGAACAAUGCUUUGGGCCCUUCAUGUACAACAUUUCUGGGAAAUAUCACAAAUGGGGGGAGGGAGUCCGUAGUGAUCCUCUCAGCAGACCUCUGUUGGGUCCUGCAGUCCAAUGCUUCCAUAUCACACAAUGAUGCAGCCAGACAGGAUUGUAGAAAGUUAGAGUUUCAGAAAAGUACAGCACAGAAAUAGGCCCUUUGGGCCAUCUAGUUCAUGGUGAACCAUUUAAAUUGCUUACUUCCAUUGACCUGCACAUGGAUCAUUGCCCUCCAGACCCUUGCCAUCCAAGUACUGUACCUAUCCAAACUUCUCCUAAGCAUUGAAAUUGAGCUUGCAUGCACCACUUACCCUGGCUGCUCAUUCCACACACUCAUGCCCUCUGAGUAAAAGAAAAGUUUCCCCUCGUGUUCCCCUUAAACUUUUCGCUCUUAACCCAUGAUCUCUACUUGUAGUCCCAACCAACCUCAGUGGAAAAAGCCUACUUGCAUUUACCCUAGUAUACCCCUCAUAAUUGUGUAUACUGCUAUCAAAUCACCCCUCAUUCUAUGUUCCAAGGAAUAAAGUCCUAACCUAUUCAAUCUUUCCUUAUAUUUUAGGUCCUCCACUCAUAGCAAUAUUCCUGUAAUUUUUUUCUGUUAUCUUUCAACCUUACUUGCAUCUUUCCUGUAGAUAGGAGACUAAAACUGUGCACAAUCCUCCAAAUUAGGCCUCACCAUUGUCUUAUACAACUUCAACAAAAUAUCCCAUCUCAUAUGCUCAGUACUUUGCUUUAUGAAGGGCAAUGUGCCAAAAGCUUUCUUUACAACCCUAUCUACCUGUAACACCACUUACAAUGAAGUAUGGACCUGUACUCCCAGAUCCCUUUGUCCAACUGCACUCUUCACUCUUCAAGAUAAUAUCCACUGCCUUCAUCAAAUUUCUUGGUAGCUUACUCAAAAUAUUCUUUAAGAUUGGUUAGAGCUGACCUACCACACACACACUAUGCUGACUAUCCUUAGUCCAUCAUAUUUAUCCAAAUACUCAUAUAUCUGGUUCCUUAGAAAACCUUUCAAUAACUUUCUUACAACUGAUAUUAGGUUCACCGGCUUAUAAUUUCCUGGUCUUAUUUUUGAGUCUUUCUUAAAAAGCAGAACAACAUUAUCUUCUCCAGUCCUCUAGCACUUCACCUGUCUCUAAGGAUAAUUUAAUUAUCUCUACUAGGGCCCCCACAGUUUCUGGACAUGCCUCCUACGAGGUCUGUGGAACACCUUGUCAGGCUCUGGGUUUUCGCAAAAAAAUGGCAGAGGACCUUUAAGUGUUUUUCAUAUUUUUUUAAAAUUUCUUUUUGCUCAGCAUAACAAAACUUUCAAUUUCCAGAUAAAUUCACAUUUUUUCCCCUCACAGAUAUCAGCUAUCAGAAUACUUCCAUCAAAAUAUAGACAUUACCACCGCAUCCUAUACAAAAGCCCUUAUUAGUAUAGCAGACAGGUUUAUAUCUAUAUAUUACAGGAAAGGUUGCCAUGUUUUAUAAAAUCUACUUGUUUUUGAGUGUACCAUACAUGUUAAAAAGUCCAAAGGAAUGUAUACCAUGAUUAAUUUAUGCCAAUCAAAAAGUUCAGGGGCCUUAUCGGAUAUCCAACAAAGUAAAAUGUUCUUCCUCGCACAAAAAGUCAGGAUGUUAAAAAGUUUUUUCUGAUGUGCAUUAAUAAUACGACUGCUGGUAGGCCUAAGAGAAAAGACACUGGGUCCAGUUCAAGCUCCAUCUUCAGAGUCUUUUCUAUUUCACCCAAAA